AUGUUUUUCCACAUUUUCUUCCUGCUGGUGGCAACAAAUGCUGCCCUCAGCUUUGACGAUAAGAUGGUUGGCGGCUACGAGCGCAGGCCUCACUCCAUGCCCUGGCAGGUGUCGCUCAACAACGCCUGGCACUUCUGUGGAGGAACCCUGAUCAGUGACCGCUGGGUCGUCAGUGCUGCACACUGCUAUAAGGGUGAGGAUAUCGAGCUGCGUUUGGGUGAGCUCCACAUCGGCUACCAGGACGGCCCCCACCCAGAGUACGACCAUUACACCGUCAACAGCGACAUCAUGCUGAUCAAACCUGCCGAGCCAGCAAAGUUUGGUAACUAUGUGCAGCCCAUCGCCCAGCCCAUCGCCCUGCCCAGCGGAUGCGCCCCUGCAGGUACCCGGUGUCUUGUGUCUGGAUGGGGAGCCACCAAGAGUCCCUUCGGUUGUCUGAAAUGCCUGCAAUGCCUGGAUCUGCCCAUCCUUUCCCAGCAGGACUGUGAGCGCUCCUACCCCAACAGGAUCGCCUGA